AAACAAAUCCGUGUUAAUCAACGGACGCUGCUUAUUAAAAGCGUUUUCGGCACACGCGAAUAUUUCACCCUACUUGCUUAUUUCCUCGUUUCCUCAUAUACAUUUAUUGCUGUAAUAGGUCAUAAAGUUCGCAAGUUUUGAGACAGCGUAACCGUCGUCGUGUGGCGUGAAUGAUUAUUAUUAUCACUUAAUCUUGGUCGACGAGAAGCAAUUUUGUAUUAAUACCCAGCGAAACCAUCUUUCCAGUGGUCCUAAAUGGCAACCAAAAGCACAAAAAGAUGAAAGUAAUGUCUCUUAAUAAUUCUCAAGGCUUACAAUGGUUGAUUGCUUGAAGAUGCCGUUGUACGGGGGCAAAAGCAUUUCAUUUGCGUAUGCUGAUGAUGACAUAAACCCACGCUAUGAAUGGAGGAGCACUACUUGGAUGUUAAAAGCAUUAAAAAAAGAUCAUGGAAACAUUUAAACGAUGUCCAUGAAAAAUUGCAUCGCGAUAGGGCUAGAGGGAAAUUGUACCUUAGGAUAAACUGUAAAACAUUAAAUAUGUACACACACACACAACCUGGGUGGCAUGGUUGCAGUGGUAACAGUUGCUGGAACUGAAAAUAAAAUUCUAAAUCAAAUGUGAGCUUCAACUCACAGAAAACAUGAAACAACACUACUUGCACGUUAAUAACUUCUAAUUGUGCAGGAAUAUUGUGACAUGACUGCACCGUUUGGACAUAUUGCAAAGUGUUUUUAAAAAAAUUUGUUUCAAUAAUCCAAAUCUAAAUAGAAAUUUUAACAUACUGCCGUUGUCGCGGGGUUUCCCAUGAGAUUCUGGGAGUGUAUGACAUGAACUGUGUGCUCUGGAACCUCCUCCAAAUAACAGUCACAAUUCAAAAUUGGUCAUUUGCAUGGCGGACUAGUGUUUGCCACAGUUACGAAGUUCAGGGUUUGAAUCUGGGCUCUGGCUUUCCUAAAAUAUGCAUUCUAGGUUCAUUUAAGACUCUAACUUUUCCGUCGGUGUGAAUUUGAGUGUAAAUGGUUGUUUGUUUAAAUGUGCCUUGGAAUUGGCUGGUGACCAGUCCAGGGUGUAGUCUGUCCCUUGUCCUAAAUCAGCUGGGAUAGGCUCCAGCUCACCCGCAACCCUAAUAAGAACCAGCGGUAUGAACAAUGAAAGGAUGGAAGUUCUCUCCCAGUCACUCACUGCUGCUGGACCAUUGCUCCCAGCUGCACCCCCUUCAGGAACCUCAUGAAGACAUCAUCGUUGCACUGCAGCCCCUUGCAGGAGUGCCCCUGGAGACCUUAGCAGAGAGCUCAGUAAAGCGAAAACGAGGACGACCAAAAGGCUCCACCAACAAAGCGCGCAAAUAUCAAAGGGAUGGCAGAGAAGACUCUGCGCUGUCUCCAGUUGGCAAAGUCCAAAGACAAGAGGGACAGAAAGAGGAGGCAGACAAACAGCGUGACGACGACAGAGUAGCUGAGCUGAAAUGCAACGACUGCCAUCGUUUGUUCAGCAACAGACGGCAGAUCGUCAAACACAUCUGCCUGAAAACACAGUUUGAGGAAGAGGAAGAUGAGGACGAUGAUACUGGCAGCAAAUGCAGCGGUCUUGAGGAUUCCGAAAAUUUGGACCCCGAGGGACCUGAUCAAACUCAAGAGCAGCUAACACCUAAAAAUUCAGGAACCAAGAAAAGAAAGGGAGUGAGGACUUUUCAACCCUCAAGUUGCAAAAAGAAAAGUCAAAUGCUUUGUAAAGGCGAAAGUCUCACGUCCAAAGAAGAUGGAACAGGAAGCAGAAAAAGUCUCAUCGAUGUCGUUCUCACUGAAGAUGAGUCGCUCCCAGGUGUCAUUAAAAUGAUUCCAGUCGAGAACAUUUCUGCUGUUUCUGAGCAUGUAAACAAUUCGGAUGGGUCUCAGAGCACAGCAGUUUGUCAGGAUGAGCCAGCAGACAUUGCAAGUCAGUCCUCAGCCAGUGUUGAAGACCCCAAAGCAGAGCAGGACCCAAGUUCCGACAAAACAGAAAUAACACCCAGAAAAGGCUUCCAGGAAUACUCCGUCAAGCAAGAUGUUCCCAAUUUGCUCCCGAGCCAACUGAAGGUCUUUGGCUGUGAGUUCUGUAAUAAGAUCUUUAAGUUUCGACACUCGCUGAUGUCCCACCUCCGGACUCACACCCAAGAGAAACCGUUCAAGUGUCCACACUGUGACUAUGCAUCUGCCAUCAAGGCCAAUCUGAAUGUUCACCUAAGGAAGCACACUGGAGAGAAGUUCAGUUGCCAACAGUGUACCUUCAAAUGCCUCAACCCAGGACACCUCAAGGUCCACAUUGAGCGAGUUCAUUUGAAGGUGAAGCAGCAUUGCAGCUUCUGUCAAAAGAAGUACUCUGAUGUGAAGAACUUGAUCAAACAUAUAGAAAAAAGUCAUAAUCUGAAAGACCCACUCAUCCAGAAGAGCUAUCAACAACUGAGGCUGAAGACUCGUCAGGGACUCAGACAACUGCUCUACCACUGUCCCACCUGCAGCCGCUGCUUUAAGAACCAGAUGGAGCGCGAGCGCCAUUUACUGGUCCACGGGCCUCAGCGGCCCUUCGCCUGCUUGCUCUGUGACCAGGCCAAAACCUGCUUGGCCACCCUCGCCGCUCAUGUCCGGAAGCAUCCCUUCUUGUACGUGUGCUGCACGUGUGAGGGCAAUUUUGUCAGCAGUCAGAGACUCAAGAGGCACCUCUUGGAGGUUCACCCUGAGCUGGACCGAGAGCAGGCAUUCACAGAUUGUAUUAAAAACAGCUUCUACCUGAUGAAUGGUGGAGAAGUCUUGCCGGUAGAUGAAGAAAGAGAGGGCAAAGAGGGAGGCUUAACCAUAGAGGGAGGCACCAAGCUGCGAGAUGAGGUGAUAAGAACCGGCGAAGAUGUUGAGGAGUGGAGGGAUGGUGAAGACGAGCCCCAGAAAGCAGCAGCAUUGGAAGAUGCGGAGCAAGCAAAGGAGGAGACUGAAUCUCAGGGUGAAAAUGUGCAAGCACAGUGGACAAGCGGAGGAUGUACUCUAAAACUGGAAACCGAAACUGUCCCCGAGGCACAGAAGGACGGGUGCGUUGAGUCCUCGACGACACCCGCGUACAACUCUGCAGAUACCAAUAAGCGAGGACACAACCCCCACUCGGAAGACGCGACCACCAAUCCGAACAUUCAGUUGGCUGAUAAUAAAACAUGUGCCAUAAACACUCAAGGGACCAAUUGUAUCCCACACGCACAUUUGCCUUCAGCACCUUCAGAGGAAGACACCCAAACUACACGAUCAGAGAAGGAUUUCCAAUUAAGUGCAUUCCAGCAGGUGUUGUUGUCACUUCCGAAAACUCUUCUUGAUAUGGAGACUUUCCAGCGGCUUCGGAAAAUGUAUGGAGACCUGGAGUGUCAAUAUUGUGGGAAACUCUUCUGGUACAAAGUCCACUACAACGCCCAUGUACGCACACACACCAAGGAGCACCUGCACUACUGCUCAAAGUGUAACUACUCGUCCAUCACCAAAAGCUCUUUAAAGAGGCAUCUGAUUCAGAAGCACAGUGGCUUGCUGCUGCCAUGUUCUAGUCCAGGAUGUAAAUACACCACUCCUGACAAAUACAAACUACAAGCCCAUCAGAGGAAUCAUCAAAAAGAGGGGAAGAGUGCACCCUGUCCCAUCUGCCAUCAAAGCUAUCCUGAGCACAGACUUAAACGACACAUCCAAAUAUCCCACCCUGAUACAGUACCAGUUAAAGGGCAGAUGGUGAAACGAGCAGAGAAAUGCCCAUAUUGUGACUCUUACUACCUCAAGAACAGCAGUGAAUUUCAGCAGCACAUCUGGGCCCACCAAGGUGUGAAACCAUUUGUCUGCAAUAUUUGUGACUACGCGAGUGGCAGCAGGAAUAACUUGAAAAAUCACAUGAACCGACAUAACAACGAAAGAUCUCACAUCUGUGAGCUGUGCGGUAAAACGUUUAAAUCCAAAGUGUCGUUGAAGAGUCACAGACUGAGCCACACCAACCAAGGGAAGCAGUUCAAUUGCUCAGAGUGUGACUUCAGUUCAGCUUUCAAGGCUCCUUUGCUGAGGCACAUGGAGCAGCAUUCUCGAUUUAAGCCAUUUCAGUGUGCUCACUGCCUCUACUCCUGCAACACGUCCGGUCCCCUGAAACGACACUACAAGACAAAACACCCAGAUCACGAUUAUCAAAAUGUCGGAGAAGGUCUCUCAGAUGCGGAAUAUUCCACCCAACAAGGUAUCAAAUGCCCUGAAUGUAGAUUUGUCUACGGCACCAAAUGGGAGCUGAAUCGACACAUGAAGAAGAAGCACGGUCCAAAAGAGAUGGAAUGCACCUGGGAGGUGGAAGAGACAGUAGACAGUCAAUUUGUGCCUUUGGAGCAAGAAGAGGAGGUGCCAGAACAACAUGUUGCCCUACAAGACAAUGGGACUGAUAAUAUUCUCCAGCAGAUUGUUGAGUUAAGCUCAGAAACUCAUGACGCCAUCACGUCCAUGGUCGCCAUGGCUCCCGGGACUCUUGCCGUGGUAGAACAGGUGGCGGAUGAGGAGGAGCUCGGCGACCACCGGCUGAUGGUCGUGAACGCAGAUGGGGAUCUUUCUGGUGAGCAGGUGAUGGUGGUGGAAGAGGGACACGAACUGGAGGCCCUGACGGUCCUCACUCAAGAUGACAACACUCACCACUUUAUUGUCUACGUGCAGGAACAAACUGUGGAAAUCAACUAGUAAUGCUGGCAUUUCAUAACAGACUGUCAAUAUUUGUGCGUUAUUAUCAACAAAUAUUAGUAGCUAUUAUACAUACAGUACAUGAAAUACCCAUAAGAAUACAGUCGGAAUUGUGCCACAGGUUAAAUGUGCAAUACUUUGAUGCAUUGUAACAAUGUUUACCU